AUGAGCUGGGACACUGGAGCUGGCGGUGGUGACUCUUGGGGCGGCGGCGAUGGCGGCAAUGAUGCUGGCGCUGGCGUUGGUGAUGGCAGUGAUACCUGUCGCAUCUGUAACCAGACCGGUCACUUCGCACGCGAGUGUCCUGACAAGCCCGCUGGAGGCGGCCUCACCGGAGAAUGCUUCAACUGCGGCGAAAUCGGUCACAACAAGGCCGACUGCACCAAUCCCCACGUUGAACGCGAGUUCACGGGCACCUGCAACGCCUGCGGCGUCGAAGGCCAUGCUGCUCGCAGCUGCCCUACCAACCCCAUGAAGUGUAAGCUCUGCGACAAGGAGGGCCACAAGGCUCUCGAAUGCAAGGAGCGCCGCCUUGUCGACUGGACCGGUAUUCCUGAGCUUGAUGCCGAGGAAGCUUGGGCAAAGCUCAUCGACUCCGCCAAAGAAAAGGAUCUUGAUGGUUUCCGCACUUGCCUCAAGGCCUACGCUCGCGCAGUCGUGGAGGACUUCAGCCUGCCUGAUGUCGAGGCCGCCCUUCGCGAGGAUGGACUUCCGGUCUAUCUCAUUGCAAAGCAGCAGGAGGUUCCUGUCAACAUGACUGUUGUCGACAUGAUCGGCAACCCUGAGCGUGAGUUUGUUUUGACAAUCCAGCUGUCAGAUAAGCCGCGCCGCAAGAUGUUCGCCCAGGGCUGGCCCGAGAAUGCACAACAGAACCUAGAGCGUCUGGCUUCGACCGGCUUUGUGCAAGACCGCGGUGUCCCGCUCUGCAGCAACUGCGGCGAGUUGGGUCAUAUCAAGAAGCACUGCAAGCAAGAACAACCAGAGCAUGUGUCGAAUAUUCCAGCCGUUCAGUGCGUCUACUGUCAGGAAGAAGGACAUCGUGCCCGCGACUGUCCCAUGGAGCGAAUCAAUCCCCAUGCUUGCAAGAACUGCAAGCAGGAGGGUCACAACGCGAAGGAGUGCCCUGAGCCUCGCUCUGCCGAAGGCGUAGAGUGUCACAAGUGCAACGAGACUGGACACUUUUCCCGGGACUGUCCCAAUGUCGAAGCACGUCCUCCCAGGACCUGCCGCAACUGCGGCUCGGAGGAUCACAUUGCCAAGGAGUGCGAUCAGCCGCGCAACCCUGACACCGUCACCUGCCGAAACUGCGAGAAGCUGGGUCAUUUCUCUCGUGACUGCCUUGAACCAAAGGAUUGGUCAAAGGUCCAAUGCCAAAACUGCCAGGAGUUCGGUCAUACUGUCAAGCGUUGCAAAGUCGCUCCCGCUGAGGGAGACGCUGCGGGUGGAGGCGGCCCCGUCGAAGCUACUGGCAGCUGGGGUGCUGGUGACAAUGCCGCCGCUACUGGUGGGGGUGAGACUUCUUGGGUUGGUGACUCUGGUGGUGGCGGCUGGUAG